UUGGCACAACACCGGAAAAGAAGAUGCUGUAAUAUGGAUGCGGGUAGCAGGUGCGCGUCAGUGUGAUGCAGACACAGUUCAAAGCUGGAACGUUCACAUUUACACUUGGUUCACAUUAGAUUAAUGUAAAAUGAGUAUUUCUACAUUUCAUAAGCUCACUAUACUGUCAUGUGUGGUUCUGUGCGUCGCGCUCCUGCUGCCGAAAAUGCUUUUAUCUCGCGGAAAGAGAGACGCGACGCAGAAUGAAGGUAACACGAGCAGCGGGCAUUUUCCUCCCAUGCCGCACAAAGCGGCAGUAUCCGAGGAGCAGCGGCAUUCCGGUCGGCAGAGUUCAAGAGCUCAUAAUCCUGAGGCCAUCGCCCGGGCUAAAGGAGCCGGCACUGGAGCCAGUACUGGAAGAAAGUCAAACCUCGCAGGACAGAUCAUUCCUAUCUAUGGCUUUGCCAUCUUACUGUACAUCCUCUAUAUUCUAUUUAAGAUCACAUCCAAAGGUAAAACAACCAAUCCUCCCGAGAGCCGAUUCACUGAUGUCAGAUCAGAAAAGAGGAAAAUUACUGAUUUUGAGUUGGCUCAGCUGCAGGACAGAUUAAAUGAAACGAAGGACGUGAUCCAGAGAAUCAUUUCAGCAGCUAGUGUCUCCUCAGACAGUAUGACAGGUGCUGUAGCUGUAGAUGAGGAGCUGACGUUAUUGUACCAGCUGCAGGAGAUCACACGCGUCAUGCAUGAGGGUCAACUCGUGGACACAGUCUCAACAAACACUGAAGAACACCACUGCCAACACGAGUGUGCUGAUUUUCCUGCCGACAGUCAAAACGAUGAUGUGAAUGAGCAGUUCUGCUGCAUUCAUUCAUCUCACACAUUCACCUCAAACACAAAUGAUGAGCACCAGACUGAUGUGAAUGAGUUGAGUACUGAUCCUGUGGACAUACAUGAGUCUCAUGAGAUACAGUGUGUGGAAGAACAUGAGGAAGAUGAUGGUGACAAUGAAGAGAAGACAGAUGCCAACAGAAACAGACAAAUAGAAGAUAUUUCUGUGCUUGAAUCAAUGAGUCAAUCACAGCACACAACUCAAACAGGAAGUGACAUCACGUCCAUUUCAGUUUCAGACAAUAGAGUCAUCAGACGGUGGAGCAAAAAAGAAAUCAAUUAAUAAAAAUGAACCUUUAACCAUGAAAUCACACUUAAUGUGGAGUUUGUUUAUUAGACAACCAGGAACUAGCAGCUCAUGUUGACACACAGCAGCUGUUUAAAUAUAUGCCUGCUGUAUAAUGUUUGAAAUAUCACCCUGACACAUGAUCCUCAGGACACAUUUAGCCCUCAAGGCAAUAGUCAUGGAUAAUUUGCCAUUUACUCUUUUAAAAAACUUGUAUUUGUGAUAAAUAUCUUCUCUAUAUUGUAAAAGGUUCCAUAUCUACGUCUAUAUUAUGAAUAUUAACAAUUUGUUUUCCAGUGUAAUAUUUGAUGCUACUGUAUGAAGCAAAAUUAGAGAUGCUGAGGCUGCAAGUCUGUACGUGUUUGCAAACAUACAAAUGUGCAGCACAUCACGGUUUGGCUGGUUGUCACUAUUAGAUUGUUGCAUUUAGUGCAAAACUUUUGUGAUAAAUUUUAGAUAAAUCUGUAAACUGCAGAACUUACAUUUGAAUGAGGAAUACAUGCUUGCAAGUCUUCUUGGACCUCAAAUAUUAGUAUAUCUAUUAUAUUAACAUUGUUAUAUCACAAUUAAAUUACAAUUUAUGAUACUCUAUUCACAUACUGUAUAUGCACCACUUAGAGGAACUCUCCUUCAAUCCUAAAGUACAUCAAACAGUUUCACAGAUUUAACACAAUAAUAGGCUGUACACUUUUCAUUUGGAACAUUUUUAAUGUAACACCAUUGGGUUUUAUUUUGUUUGUUACUCUUGUUUUUUUGGAGUUUCAGACAUUUCUGUUGUCUAAUCACUGCUCAUUAUUACAUCUCAAGAUUUAAUGUGACAUUUUUGCUGUAAUUAACUAUUUAAUUGAUGUUUUCCAUAUUUUCUGUUUUGUAUACUAACGUUAAUAAUGGUUUAUCAUUUGAAUCUGUUAUGUCAAUAAAAGAAAACACGUUAUUUUUUCAACUUGUGUUCUUCCGUUAAAAUGCAUCUUCAUUAGUUGUGUCACUAGACACUAAUCUUACGUAAAGCCAAUGAUGAUGAUAAUAUUAGUGAUACUGGAUGAUUUUUAUACACUUGUCUGACUGUGGAUGCAAUACAUUAUAUAAAAUUGUCAUAUUGUGAUUACCUUUUUAUUUGAAUUCUAUUCAUAUUCCAUAAUUUACGAAGAUGUUGAAAAGGAAACACACAUUCUGCACCAAUGUGAAAACUGCAA